GCCAUACACCAGCCGCGGCCAUACACCAGCCGCGGCCAUACAUCUGCCCGGUGACCCUUAAGACAGAUAUCUAAAACUAAUUUUAGAUCUGCCAUAUAUCUGCAGUCUGCGAUAUUUCAACGAUGGAGUCGAGUGGGCCGGAUGAAGCAUCGUUGAGUCCAACAACACAGGGUGAGGAGCCCUCCGACCUGCCUCAAGCUGCUCCUCUCUACCUUCCUGACGCCUUCCCGGACUGGAGCACUGUGCUCCUCUAUCUGACGGGCAACAUUUUUUGUCUCGUGGUUGCAUACAACGUCCGGACCUUCUACCAAGCUGUCAGAGGUCAUCAGCAGUGUGAGCCAGACGAGGCCAAGAUCAGGACGAUAAGUGCCAGACCGGGGGAGUGGGUGAGGCCAGUCAGCAACCUGGAGAUCUUCACAGCAGUAGCGGCAUUUCUUGGCACUGGCAAUACAGCUCAGGUGCUGUGGCUCUCCUCGUCUCAGCCAAUCACAACUGAACAUGUUCUACUCUCGCUCUCAGUCAUCGCUAGGAAAAUUCAUGUUCUGCAGCUCUCCCUUGUUUGGCGGUGGUUCCGGCCGUGGCUACGACGAAUGAAAGACUUUGCGAUUGAUUUCGAUGUUGACACGGGCGACGCCAUGACGGUAUACUACCAGCAGAUUCAAGCACCUUACAACAAUUCCCGGGGACCAUUGUGGCGGGCUAGGCUGGUCCCUCUGCCACAGCCAUCACCUGACCGCCAUGAGGCCGUCCUGGUGAUCACCCUCCACCACGUCAUCAUAGACGGAUUGACUAAUAUGAUCAUCUCCCGUGACUUGCUGGAGGUGUUGAACGCUGUCAUGACUGGACAGGAACACAACACGCCCACACGUCCUAUCAUACCUGAUAUUGCUGGUGAGCUGGGAAGCAUGAAAGACUGGAUAUACUGUCUCAGGGUGUGCUUUCCUGUAGCAUUAAAAGUAAUAGCCAAUAUCUUCAGUGGAAAAUGCUACAAUAUUAGUCUUCCCCAACCAAGGACAAAAUUGGCACUUACAAAGGUAGUACGUGAAGACUUCUCGGUCGAGACAACACAACAGCUGUUAAAUCAUUGCAAGGAAGCAAAAGUCAGCAUUCACUCGUGCAUUAUGGCAGCAGCUUAUGUGGCCUUUCUACGCACUGCUCAGGAUCAUACCAAAGAAAAGUUAGAUGCACUAACAAUCACUUAUGAUAACGCUGUUAAUGUGCGACGCUAUUACCCUAGUGUUUACCAGGAGAGUCUGGGGUGCCAUGCAUCCAUGUGCAAGCAAGAAUUCGUCGUCCGAAGUAUUGAUUCAGAAAGCAAGAGCAGCUUUUGGGCACUAGCUAAGCGUAUGCAUGAUGGGCUUCAUCAGAGUCUAGUUGUUGGCAAGGCACCUCUUACAAUCUCUCGACUUGGAUGGCUACUGUCUGCUUUUGAGCCCGUUAAUUACUUGUUGACUCGUCUGGGAUACAAGAACCUAAUUAACACCAACAUGACGUGCACUAACAUGGGCAAUCUAAAGAAUAUCUUGCCAGGUAAAUAUGGGGACGGACCCGUGGAGAUCACCAGCCUGCUUCGGUCCACAGCCUCUGAGCUUGUAGGAAGCCCUUUCUUGAUAGUCUUCCAGACCUUUGAGGGAAGGUUAUUAAUGUCGCUUGACUAUUACACCAAUAAUGUUACGGAAGAGGUAGCAAAUAAGUUCUUCUCUUGCCUAACACACAAUGUUAUUAAUGUCGCUCACUUUGGAUCCGUACAAAAAUUAUGAAACUGCAACCUUAAAACUUUGUUAACAGUAAUAAAUAAUUAAAAUAAAA